AAGAAAAGAAUAAAAUAAAAAGGAAAAGGGGGAGUGAAUGUGGCGGUGGGAGCAGAUUGUAGAUGCCCUCUUUCUCCACCGUAGCGUGUCUAUCUUGUUGGCGUUGUUGAUCGUAUUAUUGUUAUUGCAGCCUCCUCCUCUCAUCUCUGCUUUCCCAUCCAACGGCUCAGAUUCAGAUUCAGAUUCAUCUGAGAUCUGCCCCGAUUCAGGCCCUUGCAACAAUUUCGAUUCUUUCGUCAUGUCCAAAGCCCGAGUCUACACCGAUAUCAAUGUUGUUCGCCCCAGGGAAUAUUGGGACUAUGAAUCCCUCGCUGUUCAGUGGGGUGAUCAAGAUGAUUAUGAGGUUGUUCGCAAAGUUGGAAGAGGAAAAUACAGUGAAGUGUUUGAAGGGAUCAAUGUCAACAAUAGCGAGCGAUGCAUUAUUAAGAUUUUGAAACCCGUGAAGAAAAAGAAGAUAAAGAGAGAGAUUAAAAUACUUCAGAACCUUUGUGGGGGACCUAAUAUUGUCAAAUUGCUCGAUAUAGUGAGAGAUCAGCACUCAAAAACUCCUAGCUUGAUAUUUGAGUAUGUGAAUAGUACCGAUUUUAAAGUUUUGUACCCGACAUUGACGGAUUACGACAUUCGUUAUUACAUAUAUGAGCUACUCAAGGCUUUAGAUUACUGUCAUUCACAAGGCAUAAUGCACAGAGAUGUCAAGCCUCACAAUGUUAUGAUAGACCAUGAGUUGCGUAAGCUCCGGUUGAUAGAUUGGGGUCUUGCUGAAUUUUAUCACCCUGGUAAAGAAUAUAACGUUCGUGUAGCUUCAAGGUACUUCAAGGGGCCUGAACUUCUUGUUGAUUUGCAAGAUUAUGAUUACUCUUUGGACAUGUGGAGCCUAGGCUGCAUGUUUGCUGGAAUGAUAUUUCGCAAAGAGCCUUUCUUCUAUGGUCAUGACAAUCACGAUCAGCUUGUUAAAAUUGCCAGGGUGCUUGGAACGGAUGAGUUAAACGCUUAUCUGAACAAAUAUCAUCUAGAACUUGAUCCUCAACUUGAUGCUCUUGUUGGGAGGCAUAGCAGGAAACCCUGGUCCAAAUUCAUUAAUGCAGAUAAUCAACAUCUAGUAUCUCCAGAGGCCAUUGAUUUUCUUGACAAGCUCCUUCGUUAUGAUCAUCAAGACAGGGUCACCGCAAAAGAAGCAAUGGGUCAUCCAUAUUUCUUGCAAGUGAGGGCAGCAGAGAGCAGCAGGAUGAGAACACAGUAGUUUGUAUCUCUUAAAGCAUGGUUUACAUGUAUGUAACAUUUGUAACCUUAUCUUCAACUGAAUGUCCUAGUGAAUUUUUAUCAAUGCACAAUAUCGAUGUAAAAGAAUUUGUUGGUUUA